UUCCUUCCCUGAACUUCAGGGAAAGAGAUGAAAAUGGGUGGUGGUAGAAGAAAUUAUGGUGCAUGGCUGGGUUCAAACUCUUGUUCGUCUGUGAAUCUUUUGUUGUUUAUGUUACCUCUUAUGGCGGUUGCUGGGCUUGUUUCUGUGUGGGGUCCGAACCCCUUCCCCUGGAAUCCAGUUGCUAAUCAGCGUGUUUCAUGGAGCUCUCUUAACCCCUCUUCUUCUUCCUCUUCUUCCUCAUCCUUAAACAGUCGUGUGACCACUGUGGAAAUUCCUGAUUCAUCUGGAAAACAGAGAGAGGGGGUUUUGGAUUUAAGGUCAAGAGUGGUGGUGGCUGUGGAUGAUGCUCACGGUAAGGAGGAGAAAGCUAUCUCUGAUGAUACUGCCUUCAAUCAUUCGUCUACUCCGCCGCUUUCCGUUCAGGCUGUACCCUCACUCCAAUUACCAAACAAAACAGGAGGAAUCCUCAACUUUACCGGCAGGACUAAUAAUACGAUGAACGAAUCUUAUGGUCCCAUCGUGAAACACAGGUGGGAAAGGAAGAUCAGCAUCUUAGAAAGAACAGAAGGCAAACUCAUACAAGCUCGAGCAGCAAUUAGAGAAGCCAAAGACGGAAAUCAAACACAAGAUCCAGACUAUGUCCCUGUGGGCCCAAUGUAUUGGAAUGCUAAAGCCUUCCACAGAAGCUACAUAGAAAUGGAGAAACAGUUCAAAGUGUUCGUGUACGAAGAAGGCGAGCCACCUGUAUUUCAUAACGGACCUUGCAAAAGCAUAUACGCCAUGGAAGGGAACUUCAUUCACGCUAUUGAGAUCAACAAGCAGUUCCGAACAAGAGACCCAGAGAAAGCUCACGUGUUCUUCCUUCCGUUUAGCGUAGCAAUGAUGGUUCAAUUUGUGUACGAACGCGACUCUCAUGAUUUUGGCCCCAUAAGAAAAACUGUCCGAGACUAUGUACAUCUCAUUUCUUCAAGAUACCCCUAUUGGAACCGAAGCCUCGGAGCCGAUCAUUUCAUGCUCUCUUGCCAUGACUGGGGGCCAGCGACUUCAUUUUCGGUUCCUUACAUGUACAAGAACUCGAUACGUGUGCUGUGCAACGCCAACACCUCGGAGGGAUUCAACCCUGCAAAGGAUGUAUCUUUUCCAGAGAUUAAUCUGCUAACUGGAACGAUGACCGGGUUCGUGGGUGGGCCCUCUGCAUCGAGACGUCCCGUUCUGGCAUUCUUUGCAGGAGGGGUUCACGGACCAAUCAGGCCUGUUCUUCUAGAACAUUGGGAGGACAAGGACGAGGAUAUUCAGGUUCACAAGUACCUGCCAAAGGGGGUGUCGUACUAUGAGAUGAUGAGGAAGAGCAAGUACUGCCUUUGUCCUAGUGGGUACGAGGUGGCAAGUCCGAGAGUAGUGGAAGCAAUCUACACAGGUUGUGUGCCAGUGCUUAUUUCAGAUCAUUAUGUGCCUCCCUUCAGUGAUGUUUUGAAUUGGAAAUCGUUCUCGGUGGAGGUUUCUGUGAAGGACAUACCCAACCUAAAGAACAUACUGAUGGGCAUUUCGACGAGGCAGUAUAUAAGGAAGAAGAGAAGAGUGGCGCAAAUUAGGAGACACUUUGAGGUGCAUUAUCCGCCUAAGCGUUUUGAUGCGUUCCACAUGAUCCUUCAUUCCGUCUGGCUUCGAAGAUUGAACAUCAAAGUUCACGAUGAUCACUGAAUCUUAAGUUUGCGACCUCUUGAAUAGAGGACUCGUGACUGUUUCAGAUUCAGAAUUUGUGAUUCUUUUUCAGUGUCCUGUAUAAAAUUGGAUGGGAAAAUUAACAUUCCGCUUUCUUAUUGGGCUGAAUUAAUAUGAUUCUUGCUACAAGUCAUCAAAGACACAAGGGUGUGAUCAUCAAAAGUAAAAUCUUUGUCAAGUAAAAAUUAUCAGAAAGAUCUUGAACCCCCCCCCCC